GUCCCUGUUGGCAUCCUCGCUGAAUUGACCGCGAAGAAAUUUCAGGUGAAUCCAAAAGAUCCACUGUCAGUGAUUGACAUUGAGCUCUUUCUGGUCGAGUCCCAAGAGAGGUUAUUGCAAAACAUCCUCGAUGUACUGAGCGACAUGCUGAGAUGCCCCAAGCUUACAGCAUUAGUUGUGGGUGCGCUGUUGAGAAUGCAGUGGGCCGUGCUGCAAGUCCACAUCACAGCUUGUUCUGCGAAAGAGUCAAUGCUUGUCUUGUUUCUGUUGAAGCUGCGCCAAAACUCAGGUGGCUUUGACCAGGUGGUACUGGAGCUUUGGCCUGAAGAUGAGCGAGAAUUGAAUGCAUGGGUGCGUGCAUUGAACCAGGACGUUCAAAAAAACAAGCCAGUAGACAAGCAGGACACGGAGAUGCAGGAUGCAGGCAAUGUUUUUACUGGCACCAUGGACAUCCGCUCACUUACUCCUUCAGUGCAUGACUAUCCUGCCCGGGGACCUGACUCACCAUCUUCCAUGCCUCGGUCAGGUUCUGAGAGUGCUACGGUUCAGGUGGCUCAACUUGCCAAAGAGACAGAGAGUCUACGGGAUGAGCUGGCUUCUGCGAAGGAGAAACAAGCACAAGCACUGGCUGAAGCGGAGGCAAUUUUGUCAGUGUUGAGAUCUUGGCGAAAAGGUGCUGUUCUGAGUUCCAUCGUCCAGUGCAAGCACAAGAACAUCGUAAACCCAGUGCAAGCAAUGCGCCGACAUGGCUUAGGCAAGACCGACAAGAAGCCUACCCUAGAGUCUAAGAACUCAGACAUUCCUGCAGAGGAUGCAGCCAAGGUGGAAGAACUGCAGAAGGCAUUUGAGGAGCCAUUGAAAGUCCUUUUCAGUCAGUAUGCAAAACCCCGGCGUGGUGCCAGUGGAAAGCGGUUGGAGAUGAGGUUAGAGGUGCUGGAAUCUCUGCUGGACGACUUGGACAUUUUGCCAACUCGUCUUCAAAAGCGAGCGGUACAGCCACUCUUCAAAUCGGUCCUGCCAAAACCUGGCGACGAGGUCCCACAAUUCAUUGCUGCGCGUCACGCGGCCCGCUUUCGCGCGUGCAAAGCGUCAGUGGGCAACGACAGGGUCCUGCUUUGUGAGCUUUGUGUCGAGGUUUUGGCACAUGCCCGAAAAGUUCUGAAAGAAGCAAAUGCUCGCCUGGCAGCAGGGGAGGCCUUCGUGCUCCAUGCAAUCUGUUUGAGAGAUGCAGACGAAAUUGAUUUGCCAGAGGGUUUUGCCAUCGGCGUAAGGAAACCACCACAAGUCUUUUUGGCGCCCGCGGAUUUACCCAUCUCGCAAGCCGAGAGAGUUUGUGUGGAGAUUGUGGAUGAGAUUUUAGCACGAGCGGUGGGCAUUCACUUCCUGGAAGAUGCAAGUUCUGGAGGACCACGACCGAUGGCAUUCGUCGAGGGCCAUGAGGACCUUGCCGCUCUUGAACCUAGAGAAGAUGUGAGUCCAGAGGGACAUCGUGUUCAUAAAAGGGUGCCAGACGCCAAGAUUGUGGGCACCGAACGGGAGGAUCAAUCGCAAAAAGGGCGAAGUGCUCCCAGCCAAGGACGUGAACAUCGCCGAGAUCGUAGCGGCGAGAAUCGGGAGGCUGCACCAGCGCAAGCGCCAGCACAAACACCAGCACCAGCACCAGCACCUGCUGCCCAAGCUGUGGCGCCUGCACCUGCAGCGCGGCAGCCGCAAAGCAGUGCCUUGCCACAGAAACAAGCGGGUCAAUCAGCAGCCAACAAGCAGGGUCACCCACCACGUGGACGGCCAGAGGAGGAUCAAUCGCAAAAAGGGCGCCGUGCUCCCAGCCAAGGACGUGAACAUCGCCGAGAUCGUAGCGGCGAGAAUCGGGAGGCUGCACCAGCGCAAGCGCCAGCACAAACACCAGCACCAGCACCAGCACCUGCUGCCCAAGCUGUGGCGCCUGCACCUGCAGCGCGGCAGCCGCAAAGCAGCGUGCCAUCGUCCACACGGCCCAAAGCCAAAGCCUCGCAGAGUAACGAGCGUCGUGCGCGGGAGGAGGAAGCGGCUAAGCCACACCGUCGCGAACAUCGCGAACCUUCUGUGCCUGCACGUUCUGGAGGUCGUGCCCACACGACACAUUCAAACCAGCCCCGCAAACCGCCGGCUGCUGAGCCUACUGUGCCGCUGGCACAACUUUCUCCUGCAGCAGCAGAGGCUGUGAAGCGGCAAAGGCGCCUUCAGCAGCAUCACACUUCUGCUGAAGAAGGCAAAGCUCGUCAAGAAGCUUUGCAGACGGCCCUUGGUUCAGAUCCGGUGCAAAACCUGGUGAAGGCUUGGGAACCAAACUUCCGGCGGAGCUUCGAAUUUUUCCAGCGAUGGAAACCAUCAGCAAGUGGCGAGAUGACUUUGGCAGGGUUUAUUCUACUCGGUGAGUGCUUUGGUCUUUUAGAGAAGGAUGACUUGAAGGUGGCUUUCAAACGCGGAGCUGGCAACGAAUUGUCUUUGCAGAACUUGCCAAAUGUCUUGAUGCAUUGUGUUGCUCGCUCAGUGGAGGUCGAAAGCCUCAUGCUUGGGAUUCCAGAGGAAGGCCCUGUCACAGAUCAGGAGGUUCUCCAGUCAGCCUUCACAGACUUGUGUCGGCACAUGAUGUUGAACAAUGGCAGAUCGUUGGGAAAGUGUCUUGAUGGAUAUCGGCGUGCAGGACAUGUUCUCCAGCAGUUCGCUGCUGAGCUGCCAGAAAAGUACCUCGCUCAAAGAGCUGACGUGCCAGAUCCCACGACGGUUGACGAAGCUAAGGCUGGCGAACCAGCUGCAGCACCUGCCACGGAUGCCGAAGGAGCAAAAACAGACAAGCCACUAGAGGGACAGCAAGACCCUUCGAGCAAAGAAGAACCAACGAAGCCUCCAGUGGAGCCAUCUGAGCCUUCAAAGCCUGCUGAGGCAGGUGCAGAGGCAUCUGCUGACGCACCUGCACCAGCAGCGGCCGAACCAUCUGCUGAGACACCCGCUGCCGAUGCACCCGCAGCCGAUGCUCCGGCCGCUGACUCACCGGCGGCGGACGCACCAUCAGUCGACGCGCCAGGGCCACCUGCAACGGAUGCUGCAGCGGAUGCACCAGCAGACGAUGCACCAGCAGAGGCACCAGCUGAAUCGCCUACGGAGGCCGCGGCCGCAGGGGCAGGUACUGAGGCAGCUGCAGAAGCAGCACCGGAAUCCUCAGGUGCACCGGCAGAAACACCAGGAGAGGCACCAGCAGCACCAGCGGAGGCAACUGCAGAAUGAGGCGCAAUCAGCGAGCGUACCUGCAGCGGCUGCAGCUGAGCUCCAGGUGAAGCUACCCUGACCUGAAGUUAAGACUUGUUCGGAAGUCCUCAGAUGUGCUGCAC